AUGACCCAGGUCGACACCUUGGACCUGGUGGUCCUGGUCGUAAUUCUUGUGGGUAGCGUCGCCUAUUUUACUAAGGGCUCUUUAUGGGGUGUUGUUAAGGACUCCUAUGCGACAGCUUAUGCGAACGCAAAUGGCGCAAAGGCCGGGGCAUCAAGAGACAUCAUCGAGAAACUAGACGAGACUGGAAAAAAUUGUGUGAUCUUCUACGGUUCCCAGACCGGAACCGCGGAGGACUAUGCCUCGCGGUUGGCCAAGGAGGGCUCCCAACGAUUUGGCCUCAAAACCAUGGUGGCCGAUUUAGAAGAUUAUGAUUACGAGAAUCUCGACAAGUUCCCAGAGGAUAAGGUCAUGUUUUUUGUGCUCGCGACUUACGGUGAGGGUGAGCCCACGGAUAACGCUGUGGAUUUCUAUCAGUUCAUCACUUCAGACGACGUUUCGUUCGAAGGUGGUGGAACGCCUGACGAUAAGCCUCUUUCCUCCAUUAGAUAUGUCGCCUUUGGCCUGGGAAACAACACCUAUGAGCAUUACAACUCCAUGGUGAGAAAUGUCGAUGCUACGAUGAAGAAGCUCGGCGCCAAACGAAUUGGGGAGGCUGGUGAAGGGGAUGAUGGUGCAGGUACCAUGGAAGAGGAUUAUCUGGCCUGGAAAGAGCCCAUGUGGAAAGCUCUGGUAGAGGAAAUGGGGCUGGAGGAACGGGAAGCUGUUUACGAACCCGUAUUCUCAGUUAUCGAGGAACCGGAAACCUCCCCUGAAGCCGACCAUGUCUAUCUGGGCGAACCAAACCAGAAUCACCUCCAGGGCCAGCAAAGAGGACCAUACUUCGCGCACAACCCGUUUAUCGCCCCUAUCGUCGAGUCUCGUGAAUUAUUUACCAUCAAGGACCGCAACUGCCUUCACAUGGAGAUUAAUGUUGAGGGCAGCAACCUGUCUUACCAAACCGGCGACCACGUUGCCGUCUGGCCUACCAACCCUGGAGCGGAGGUAGACCGAUUCGCAUCCGUUUUCGGCAUCGCAGACAAGCGUGACAUGGUUAUCACAAUCAAAGCUCUAGACGUCACUGCAAAAGUCCCCUUCCCAACCCCUACCACUUACGACGCCGUCAUGAGAUAUCACAUGGAAAUCUGCGGCCCCGUCUCCCGCCAAUUCAUGUCCUCUCUUGUCCCAUUCGCCCCCGACGAGGCCUCUCGCACCGAAAUGAAACGCCUAGGAAGUGACAAGGACUACUUCCAAGAAAAGAUCGCCAGCCAAUACAUGAACAUCGCCCAGGCACUACAAUCCGUUACGCCGCUCCCAUUUACCUCCGUCCCCUUCUCCCUGUUAAUCGAAGGCAUCCCCAAAAUCCAACCGCGCUACUACUCCAUCUCCUCCUCCUCCCUCGUCCAAAAGAACAAAAUCAGCAUCACCGUCGUUGUCGAAUCCCUACGCAUCCCCGGCGCAACUCACAACCUCAAGGGCGUCACAACAAACUACCUGCUCGCCUUGAAGCAGAAACAACACGGCGACCCCAAUCCGGACCCGCACGGAUUGACAUAUGCCAUCAACGGGCCCAGAAACAAGUACGACGGCAUCCACGUCCCCAUCCACGUGCGGCAUUCCAACUUUAAACUCCCCUCCGACCCAGCCAAGCCGGUCAUUAUGGUCGGGCCGGGAACGGGUGUUGCGCCGUUCCGCGGGUUUAUACAGGAGCGCGCGGCGCAGGCGGAGAGGGGGGAUAAGGUGGGGCCCACGAUUUUGUUCUAUGGAUGUCGACGACGGGAGAAGGAUUUCCUGUAUAAAGAUGAGUGGGAUACCUUCGCCUCAAAACUCGGCUCAAGCCUGCAAAUCAUCACCGCCUUCUCGCGCGAAACCUCGCAAAAAGUGAAUGUGGUGCUGGGGCAGAUUAUGGCGGAGCAGCGCGGGCUGGCACCGGAGAAGGGAGAGGAGUUGGUUAAGCAUAUGCGGAACAAUGGGUCAUAUCAGGAAGAUUGCACUUUCCCCCUUUUCCCUUCCCCCUUAACCACCAUCCUCUAUAACCAAGAACACCAGAAUCGUUACUACCAGCAGGUUUCUCAGCCUACUGUGGUCAAUGGAAAUAUGAGAGAUUCCAACAUGCAGACGAUCACCCAUGCCGUUGGCAACAUGAACUUGCAAAACCAUCGUCCUGGUGGCAAGUUUGGUGAUUUCAAAGGAAAUAUCCAUGUUCCACAUGGUGCUAACGGUGAUAUGGCUGCCAUGCAGCGCCCUCAUUACAAUGGGCAAUACCUAAUAGUGCCUAAUGGAAGUAUGUUCGGAGGUAUACCUGCUGCAAAUCAGUAUGGACAUCCCCGUAUUCAAGCUGCUGACCAAGGUACUUCAGUCCCAUAUUUGCCUACCGGAAUAUACCCGAACUUCGUGACUGGCCCUUCAGUGGUUCCUGGUUCUGUUCCAGGCUAUACCUGGCCUUAUGCUAUGAAUGGGGAGGCUGCUGAUCUCUCCGGUCCUCGUCGUGAUUCAUGGUCCUCUGUCGAGGAAAACCAUCCUUGUACUCCUGGAGUUGACCAGCCUGGGCAGCAAGAGUGUUAUCCUGCAGUUGCACCAAUGGAUCGUUCCCCAAUGCUAUACAAUUACAGCACACCAUCCCCGUCAGUGGUGCAGCAGCCCUACUUACCCUUUCAGAUGAUGAAGGGCGCCAACGGCUAUGUGUUGCAGGAUCUUGAUGCCUUGACUCAACAGGAUCCUCCAAUCCCUCGUGCAGUGCCUGCCAUGUGGACCAACCCCUCAGACCUGACUCUCGCAAAGUGCCUGGAGAAUAGAGAGGGGAUUACCAAUGUCUAUAUCCGUGGUUUCCUUCCUGAAACAACCGAUGAAAUGUUGCAUGCUUAUGCAUCUCGGUUUGGCAAAAUUGACCGUUGCAAGGCAAUCGUUGACCUUGAAACAGGCCUCUGCAAAGGAUUCGGAUUUGUUCAGUUUUUCAGCUUUGAUGCCUGUGAAAACUGUAUUCGAGGCUUCUUUCAUCUAGGCUAUCAGGCCAGCUUUGCCCAAAAAUCUCGUAAUUCUCGACUUAAGGAUCUUGAGGAUAAGUGUUCUACUAACGUCUAUUGCACUAAUGUACCCAUCGACUGGGUGGAAGCGGAUCUUCGUCGCCAUUUUCAACCAUAUCAAGUUGUAUCCGAGAAGAUUAGCCGCGAUGAGAAAACUGGCGUCAGUAAGGAGGUUGGAUUUGCCAGAUUUGAGUCCCGCGAAAUUGCGGAGAAAGUAUUAUCUCAGUUCCACAAUGUUACCGCCAAGGAUGGAGUCAAGCUUCUCCUCCGCUUCGCAGACACUAAAGCACAGAAACAUCUUAAGAUGCAGAGUAACGAACGUCGUGCAUAUCGUGCUGGCGAAUACAAUUAUUCUGUCGAGAUGGUUAAUGGCUCUACCCCGUCACCAACCCUUCAACGUCUACAGCAGGCAGCCUCUCAUUUCAGCCCAAACUCGCAGGCAAGCUUCCCUUCUCCGUUGGGAGUUGGUCCUGUCUGGACUCCGGCAACCUCCAUUUCUCCACCUGGCCCGAUGAUGAACAAGUCUGUCAAUGGUCUUCGUCUUAACUCCUGGGCGGCACGCAGCAACGUAAAUAUGGAGAACACCCCAAGCUACCGCAGUCGCCCAUCUCUCAAUACUCAAGGCUCUUAUGGAGACAGCCUCUCCACUGGCUCUUCCAGGACUGUCAUGCCCAUUCCUCCUGGUGUGACAAAAUCUGAAAAUUCCAGCCCCCGAAAGGAGAAUUACCGUGCAGGAUCUAGUUCUCCUCUAGGUUGCCGUAAGGAAUAUAUGAUUGCUACCCCAAAAUCCUCUACUUAA